UGAGAAUGGCAAUUGGGCGUUCGUUCGGUGGAACGGAGUUUGUUUGAGGGUCGAGGAUGGUCGGGGGAGGAGGGAGGACGACGAACAUGAUCGAACAUGUGCUUUGGGUUACUUUGCUUUGUUCUGGCUGCUGAUGCCUCGAAGGCUUCUCUCGCUUGCGGAUUAGGAGUGCGGGGUGGUGCGUUGGAGGAAGGUGGGCUUCUUGUGUGGAUGAGGUUAAAACGCCAUUAAACAAUGGUUGGAAGAUUCGAAGAAUUCCGAGUAAUAUAGCUGUGAGGAUGGUUUAAAGGAUAGGGUUACUGUUGGUGCAUGUGGUCACGUUGCAGGAGUUUGGAUGAAGGAGAAUUCCCUUCUCCCGGGCAAGACAUCCGGACUACAUACAAUCCGAGUCUAUGAAACUGAGACCGAAUCACCGCAAAACAGAGAAAAGAACGAGGUGGUAUCCUCUGAGUAAGUUCGUCUUUAACGAUCAAGAAACUUAGGAGUAGUGCAUGUUCAGGACACACAGAUAGACACAUCCGCCAAUGUGCCAAGAGCGUGAGGUAAAAAAUUCUCACACCUUUAAAUGGUGAAACACCGAACCUCUGACCGAACUGGGCGACGACGAAGAUUGAAAGGCUGUAUACCAUCAUGAGUAGUUAGUUGUUAGCUCUUACAUGUACGGUCAUAUCGAUCAAGCGGGAUUCCCAAAGGUAGACUGCGUGAAUGUAUUAUUCCACACAGAAAACCUAAAGAAUGUGUAUGCAGGGCUGGCUUUUUGCAUAUUCAAGACAACUAAUGUUGUAGAUAUUUUCAAGGUAUACAUCUACGUUCUUCAUCAUCGUGGUUUCACGCAUAUUUCAUCUUAUCGGCUUAAACUUAGUUUGAAGUUGCAGUCCGAUUUGCCUCUGGUUUACUUGACUUUUAUCAAAUGUCCGGAUUUGUCAAUCUUAUAUGGUACUAUAGACAGCGUAGCAAAUACUCCAUCCUCAUCAAAAACUCUAAUUCAAAAUAGCGCAUAUAUCGAAUUAGGCACGGAGCAAAAGCCGUAAGUCAGGAGAGUUCCUCUCUCUUGUUCUAAAUCACUAUAUCUUCAACCA